UGACAUUACAUACUUAUAUACAUAUAAGUUCACGUGUAAAAUACUGGCACAUGGCGUGAAAAAAAGUCUUAAAGAUUGAUUGAAGUACGAAGUGUACUAAAAUGAAGGUGAAAAACUUGAGGGUAAAUCCUUUUAACCGAGUUCAGGAGGAGAGCAACGAAGCAACACCAAGUACAUCGGAAACCACCGAAACAAAAGAGGUUAUCUUGCCAUCUGACAGCAACUUUAAUCACAUAAAAUGCAAAGCAUUACGAUACCAGAAAUGUCAGAAAUUAAUGAAAGAAAAAGCGAAGGCUAAGAAAGAAGCUAGGAAAAAACGACUUCAAGAAGGGGGUACAAAACAAGUGCCGCAUACAAUCGAGAGCUUGAGGGAAAAAGAUGAUACCACUAUUACUGGAGACCUUGACGAUGAAGAAAACCAGGAAUUGAAAAUUGAUUUUGAACAUGAUGAAUUUGCUUCUUAUUAUAGACACGACUAUGAGCCCAAAGUCUUGAUCACUUAUUGUGACAAUCCAACAAGAAAAACCAGAAUCUUUGGCAGAGAAAUGACAAGGAUAAUACCAAAUUCUAUUUCGUUGUAUAGAAACCGGUCUGGAGUGAAGAAAAUGGUGAAGAGUGCCAUUGCGAGAAAUUUCACUGAUAUCAUUGUCAUCAAUGAAGAUCAAUGUAAACCAAAUGGUAUGUUAAUCAUUCAUUUACCAGAUGGACCAACAGCAUACUUUAAACUGAGCAAUGUGAAAAUAACACCAGAGUUGAAACGUAAUCACAAAGAGAUCACAAAACAUAGACCAGAAGUUAUUUUAAAUAAUUUUACUACUCGCUUGGGUUAUACAAUUGGUAGAAUGUUAGGGGCAUUGUUUCAUUAUCAGCCUGAAUUUAAAGGAAGAAGGGCUGUCACAUUUCACAAUCAAAGGGAUUAUAUAUUUUUUAGACAUCAUAGAUAUCAGUUUGAUUUACAAAAAGGAAAACCCAAAUUAAGAGAAUUGGGACCUAGAUUUACUCUAAAACUAAGAUCCUUGCAACAUGGAACGUUUGACAGCAAAUAUGGAGAAUAUGAAUGGCUUAUACAAGGACGAAGACAUGAUAUGGAAACUAGUAGAAGAAAAUUCUUCCUAUGA